UCGAUCGCGCGCGCCAGCCAUGGCCACGCAAGCCCUCCCCGCUCCCACGAUGGAGUCGGAGCUGCGGGCGCUCGCGUGGGCGGCGCUGCUCACCCCGGCGUGCGCGGCGUACGCGCGGUUCGCCGCCCGCCGCCUCCGCCCGGGCCUGCCGCGCCUGGCCGCGCUCUCCCCGACGUUCCCGGUGCUCGCGUACCUGCCGUGCACGUUCGCCUCCCUCCACCUGCGCCUCUUCUCCACCUUCUUCCACACCUGGCUCGCCGUCAACAAGCUCGUGCUCCUUGCGCUCGACCACGGCCCGCUCCACCCCGGCCUCCCGCUGCUGCCGUUCGUCCUCUGCGCCGGCCUCCCCAUCAAGGUCCGCCUCGUGCAGCAGAGCCGCCCGCCCGCCGGCAACCAGCAGCCACCGCCGCCGCCCGUCGCCGAGUUCCUCAGGCCCUGCGCCCGCAGCGCGCUGCUCCUUGGCUGCCUCGCCGCGGCGUACCCCUACACGGGGUGGCUCCCGCUCUACGCGCUCCACUACCUCUACUGCAUCCAGAUCUUCCUCACGCUCGACCUCGUGCUCUCCUCCGUCGCGCUCGCCUCCGCGGCGGUGCUCGGCGCCAGCAUGGAGCGCCACUUCAGCGCGCCGCUCGCCGUCACGUCGCUCGGCGACUUCUGGGGCCGGCAGUGGAACCUGAUGGCCGUGGACCUCCUCCGCGCGUCGGCGUACGAGCCCGUGCGCGCGCACUGGGGCCGGGACGCCGGCGUGCUGGCCGCGUUCCUCAUGUCGGGCCUGCUCCACGAGCUCCUCUACUGGUACCUGACGCUGCGGCGGCCCACGGGCGAGAUGCUGCUCUUCUUCAUGUUCCAGGCCGCGUCCCAGAUCGCCGAGCGCUGGGCCAGGGCGGCCGGGCUGUGGCGGCCGCCCAAGGCGGCGGCGUACCUCCUCGCCACCGUGUUCGUGGUGGUCACCAUCUCGGAGAUGUUCUUCGGGCCGUUCGUGAGAGCCGGCACGGACGUGCGCCUCACGGAGGAGACCACGGCGCUGGUGGCCAUGGUUUGGAGCGCCGCCAAGCAUCCGAUCCGCCCAAUCUGGGGAAGUUUCAAGCUAGAGGCUGGUAGGCCGUAGGCGCAGGCCGGAUUUCUUUUGUGCCGUCGGAUCGAUUUAGGGCCUUAUGGGUGGUGUAUCCUUGUGUUACACGGUAAUAAUAAGGAAGAUUAAG